AUGCACAUCACAUAUCCAGAUUCAGUCGGGUUGUCCUCGGCAUAUCCCUACGAACCCUCCCUUAGUUCGUCCGCGUCUUCCUCCUCAUCAUCCGUCUUUUCUGUCGGUGCAGCAUCGUCGCAAUGUUCGGUCGCGACGGAUUCUUCUUCGCUGUCGGGGUACUCGGGUUCUGAUUCGGGGGAUUGGAGGGCUGCAUCGCGAUGUUCGACCAGUCAGGAGGUCCUUGCGCGACGUGCACUUCCUCCAAUCUCAAGCUGUGUCCCCCCUGCCAUCCCAUUGGAACAACGCCAGAACCCCCGGCGAUCCUCCUGCUCUGCCGGCCAGCGGCCUCCAACCCUGGUCCGACAGUGCGAGAGAAAAGUACAGUUUGUUGAUGGACUUGUUGAAGCUGCAACACAGAUGGUCGAGGUGAUCUGGCCAUUAUCAGUCCCUAGCAUCCGUCCCGAUGCAUUGACGGGGAGAUCCAUUCUACCCCUGCGCACAUUCAUUCAGGAGACUCUCCGAAGAUCGCGCACCAGCUUUUCCACGCUGCAGGUCGCACUUUACUACCUCGUGCUCAUCAAAUCCCAUGUUCCGAACCAUGAUUUUACGAUGGAACAGCCAUGUGACAUGCUGUCGAUUCGCGCUCUUCAGUGUGGUCGACGCAUGUUUCUGGCCGCGCUGAUCCUUGCAUCGAAAUACUUGCAAGAUCGCAAUUACUCCGCACGCGCCUGGAGCAAGAUCUCCGGCCUGAAGGUAUGCGAAAUCAACAUCAACGAGAUGGCAUUCCUGGAUGCGGUCAAAUGGAAGUUACACGUUCCACAAUCAACAUUCGACCAAUGGCAGGAUCUCAUCAUGCGAUAUACCCCUUCGCAACCUCCAAGCCCGGGCGUCCCCCCACUAGCGUCAUGCGCUCAGUUGAGCCAGUGGCGGGCCAUCAUUCCGUGCCUGACUCCAGAGCUCAAUACGGUGGAUCUU